UUAUCCUCCUGCAGCUGCAUCGUCUUCCCGGCGCGGCGGGCGCCGUCUUGAACCGGCCUCCGCAACGCCUCUUCGAUUCGCCCUACGCAGCUCAACUCCACCGACAAGAUCGCGAUGGCCGCCGACGAGCUUCCUCAUCAGAUGGCGAUGGCCGCCGACGAGCUCCCUGAUCAGAUCGCGCUGGCACCUUCCGCCUUGCUCCACCAACGGCUGCCUGUGGGGGCUUGCGCAGGAAGAUGACUAUGUAAUACUGAUUCCUCUUUCCCACAUCUUUGCCCUCAUGCUGCAAGCUCUCAAGUUGCCCCCUGCGAUUUAUCAUCACAAAACAUAUCCAGCCAAUGAGUCUCGUGUGACGGUUACUUUUGAUUCAUCAUUACAAUUGAUCGAUGGUUUGCUUGUCCCAACCUCAAUUUCUGGUGUGAUCUCAAAGAACUGCGAUGAAGCGGAAGACAGUGCUGCUAUGGCAGCCAUUAGGUUUAUGGAGGAUGUAUGUGGCAAGGAAAUCAGGGACUAUCACUACAUCCAUGUUAAAAGGCUGGAAAAUAAAGUCACGCACCUGGUGAGGUUGCUGAAUGCAGCAAACAAGACAAUAAAGAAGGCACACAGAAGAUGGUACUAUGCUGCCAGAUACAUGAGCUCGUAUUCUACCCAGAUACAGAAUACAGCAGCUGCUCGACACAUAAGAGGGCGCGACAACACCAAAAGGGCUAUGAAGACAGCGCUCCCAAGCACAGGAAAGUUAGCAAAAAGGCUACGUUAUAUUGGCAUGAAAUCGGAGCAGUGCCUAUAGACCACGGAUAGUAUCUGGUGAGCUUUGGUCAGCUCAUCGUACCCAACACGUUUGCGGAAGGCUUUGCCCUUUUGAUGCUCUUUUGAACAAUAAAUACAUAUAUCCUAUGGAUUCCUGUUGUUAUCGUGAAGUGUGCGAACAAUGUUUGUUUCCAACUUGUUGUUCGGUGAUUCUUCCUGUUAUAUAUGAAUCUGCCUUAAUUA